AUGGCCAUUGAAGUUCAAAAACUUUCGCGAGAUGCUCUCAACAAACCCAUACCCACAAUAGAAGAACCAGACAACGGCGCACCGCCGAAUCUCAAUCCAACUCGGUGGCGCCACCCUCUAGCUUCUUCUAUUCCAAUCCAACCUGAAAUCCACAUCCAAUCCAACUCAGCGGCGCUUCUUCCGUCUCUCUGCCCUUUUGUUCGAAGUUUCCAAAAAUCUCAGGUUGCUAGGAACAAAACCAAUCUAUUAUUCCUUUUGGUUCAUAGCAGGAGUUGGAUAAUUUCUCUAGUUUGCAUCUGUUUAUUUUUUGUCUCAGGAGUAUCCGAUCCUCCCCCACAGGUGAGGUCCACAUACUUUUGGCGAUAAGAAGUGGUA